CCUCACGUGAGCGCUGACGUGCAGCGGGCGGUUUCCGGAAGCGCCCGGUAGAGGCUGCGGGCGGGGCGGUGCGGUGCCGUGCCAGGCUCAGCUCUAGGCGGGCUGGUGCGGCGAGGCGGAAUGGAGGUGACCAGAAGCAAUUUUAAGGAUAACUUAAGCAAAGUAUAUGAAGCCAUUGAAGAGUCGGACUUCUUGGCCAUCGAUGGAGAGUUUUCAGGGAUCAGUGAUGGGCCCUCAGUUAGUGCAUUAACCAAUGGCUUUGACACUCCAGAAGAAAGGUAUCAGAAGCUUAAAAGGCAUUCCAUGGAUUUUUUGCUCUUUCAGUUUGGCCUUUGCACUUUUAAAUAUGAUCACACAGAAGAAAAGUAUAUAAUGAAAUCAUUUAACUUCUAUAUUUUUCCAAAACCCUUUAACAGAAGUUCACCAGAUGUCAAAUUUGUCUGUCAGAGUUCAAGUAUAGAUUUUUUAGCAAACCAAGGAUUUGAUUUUAAUAAAGUUUUUCGCAAUGGAAUUCCAUACUUAAAUCAGGAGGAAGAAAGACAGCUAAGGGAACAAUAUGAUGAAAAACGUUCUCAGGCCAACGGUACAGGAUCGCUGUCAUACAUUUCUCCUAAUUCUGCAAAGUGUCCUGUAACAAUUCCUGAUGAUCAGAAAAAAUUCAUUGAGAAAGUAGUGGAACAGAUAGAAGACUUACUAAAGAAUGAAGAAAAUGAAAAUUUGGAACUGGAGCCAUGUACAGGAUUUCAGAGGAAAUUAAUUUAUCAGACUUUGAGCUGGAAGUAUCCGAAAGGUAUCCAUGUUGAAACUUUGGAGUCAGAUAAGAAGGAGAGAUAUAUUGUAAUUAGUAAGGUCAAUGAAGAAGAACGAAAAAGAAGAGAACAGCAGAAACAAGCAAAAGAACAGGAAGAACUGAAUGAUGCAGUAGGAUUUUCCAGAGUCGUUCAUGCCAUUGCUAAUUCUGGCAAGCUUGUUAUAGGGCACAAUAUGCUGCUGGAUGUCAUGCAUACCAUACACCAGUUCUAUUGUCCUUUACCUGAUGACCUGAGUGAUUUCAAGGAGGUAACAUCAUGUGUCUUUCCCCGGCUAUUGGAUACUAAACUGAUGGCAAGUACACAGCCUUUUAAGGAGAUCAUUAAUAAUACAUCCCUCGCAGAACUGGAAAAGCGUUUAAAAGAGGUUCCAUUCAGCCCUCCUAAAGUUGAAAGUGCAGAAGGUUUUCCAAGUUAUGAUACAGCUGCUGAACAACUUCAUGAAGCAGGAUAUGAUGCUUACAUUACUGGACUGUGCUUCAUUUCCAUGGCUAAUUUCUUAGGUUCAUUCCUCAGUCCUCCAAAAACCCAUGUGUCUGCUAGAUCAGAACUCAUUGAACCUUUUUUUAACAAGCUCUUUCUUAUGAGAGUAAUGGACAUACCAUAUCUCAAUCUGGAAGGACCUGACUUGCAACCAAAACGAGAUCACGUUCUUCAUGUCACUUUUCCCAAAGAGUGGAAGACUAGUGACCUUUACCAGCUUUUCAGUGCCUUUGGUAACAUUCAAAUUUCAUGGAUUGAUGAUACAUCAGCAUUUGUAUCACUGAGCCAGCCAGAACAAGUACAGAUAGCUGUAAACACCAGCAGGUAUGCUGAAAGUUAUAGGAUCCAGACAUAUGCAGAAUAUGUUGAGAAAAAGCAUGAAGAGAAACAGGCAAAGAGAAAAUGUACAGAAGAUAGUUGGAAGGAGAUGGAGAGGAAGAGAUUAAAAACUCAAUGCACACCUUACGUUUCCCAAAGUCGAUACUACUGUGUUAACAGUUUUACAAGUACCAGUACAGUGGGAAAGAGAAGCAUGAGCCCUAUUCAGGAAGAAACUGGCUCAGAUGAUAUGGAAGAGAGAGAGGGCCAAGAGCCAGAAUAUAAUCAGACAGACUGCUUUGCGGAGUCCCUUCCAGAUGGUAAGAAGAGAGCCAAAAAGUUCAAAAAGAUUGAGACAGAAAGACUUCCAGCAGGAGGCCUCACAACUAGUUCCACUGGAAUUUUUGAAGUCCCUGAAACAUGGUAGGAAACAACUGCCUUAACAAGUGGAAUUCAUUGAUAGCAGUUGUGACAGUGCACCUCUUGGAAGCCAUACUUAAUUUAAAUAAAGUGAUGUUAACAAAACAGUAUGUGUUCUGAAAAAAAUCAGUUUAAUUAUUUUAAACUGUUUAUUGAACAAUCGCUGUCAAUUUUACUUCUGUGUAUCUAACUAGUAUAUGGCUCAUUGUUGAUCAUGUGAAAUCUUUACUGUUGUAAAUGAUGUUAGAUUUAAGAAGCAAGACUAAAUGUGUUUUGGUCACCUAACUCCGGCAUGCUGGCUAUGAAAUGUACAAAAAGAACUGGCACAUAUUUUGUGCUAGGCUGUUUUCUGUGCUUGAGAACAGUUUUACCACAAAUCUCCUAAUCUUUAGCUGUUUUUUUCAGGCAAUAUAAAUAUGCUGUCAGCAUUUUUGGAACAGGUAGAACUGCAGUUUCACAUACUGCUUUCUACCAUUGCUUUAUCUGGACAUCUCCUUUAGUUUUCCAUUCUCCAUCCUCCACCCCCAGCCAGUAUUCAUCUAAAUACCAACUUUACUCAUACCUUACCCUUUCCAAAAACUGCAUCUUACAAGUUUCUCAAACAUUUGUGGUGGGAGGUAGGUUUGUUUGUCUGCUUUUUUUUUCCCACAUCUAUUGUCGUUUUCCCUCUUAAGUCUUGAUCUGUUUCUUCCUUUCUUCUUCCCCAGUUUGUGGGGUUUUUGUAAAAAUGUUUUUUGUUAUACCUGUGACAAACCUGCUAACUACACCAACCCUUUAUUUGUUUAAAAGAGGAUCUGCAUUGGUAGAUUUCAGGAAAUGUUUGAUAUUUAACAUUUUUGUAUCAUGGAAAUGAAAACAAAAGAUGUAUUUCCAUAAAAUGAUAAUUAAAAGACAUUUUCUUAGGACCGGA